GAUUUAGGUAGUUGCAGCAUCGCCCAGCUUUGGUCCCGGAGGACAUCAUGUUUGCUUGUAGAGCUUGUACAAGAAGAUGCUUGACUAUUCUGUUUGAAAACACAAUUCUACUUGAGGUUCCGAAAUAUGCCGCGCCUACGGCUGCGUGCACGGCGAAGAGCUAUGCGACAGCUGCCGUGGCAAUGAGACCAUCCAGACCGGCACGCAGCAGCAAACCAGCCGAGGACGAGCAAGAGGACCAAGACGAAGACGGAGAUGAAGAUGACGUGAAACGCAGAGUAUCCAAAUCAACACAGUGGGCUGUCAACAAACAUCUGCACUACCUAAAAGACCCGCUCUUCAUUGCGCAACAUGUCGAGCAGACGCUGGCCAAGGGCCGCUUCGACGAGGCCGCUCUCCUGGUGCGGACGGCGAGCAAAGAUCACAAAAUACCCGUCAGUUGGAACCAUCUGAUCGAUUACCAACUGCGCGAACACAAGUUACACGCUGCCAUGAAGCUUUACAACGAGAUGAAGAAGAGGGCCCAAAUGCCAACCGCCCAGACCUACACCAUCAUCUUCCGGGGGUGCGCUGCGUCGCCGCACUCAAAGCUAGCAGUGAGAGAGGCCGUCAGACUCUACAACAACAUGUUGAAUGGCCCAGACGAACGGCUGAAGCCCAAUACAAUCCAUCUAAACGCCGUCCUCCAGGUUUGCGCAAGGGCCAAUGACAUUGACACCAUGUUUACCAUCGUGGACUCGGCCAACGGAGGGCUACGGGCCCCGAACAAUCUGACUUACACUACCAUCCUCAACGCACUUCGGAACCAUGCCGUGCAAGCCAUUCACGAGAGCAGCAAACGGGGACCGGACGGGGCGUCGGAGAGCCAGCUGGAGGAAAUUGCGCAGCUGAGCAUCCAGCGAGCAAAGGCCAUCUGGGAUGAGGUCAUUUCGAAGUGGCGCUCUGCCAACAUUGUCAUCGACGAGGAACUUGUCUGCUCCAUGGGUAGAAUACUGCUUUUGGGCGGUUAUAAGGACAGCGAAGCCGUUUUGUCUCUCAUUGAGCAAACUAUGAAGAUCCCCAAGGAUGAGCAGUUGCUCAUUCGCCUUGGCAUGGAUCGAGAGGCUUCAGCUACCCAGGUUCAGGAGGUCCAGAAUUCUAAAAGCAAAGCAUUGCAAAAACCCAGUUACAAGGCACCCAGAAAGCUCUCAGCAACACACGCACAACCCGGGAAUAACUCGCUAUCCCUCAUUCUCUCUGUCCUAGACAAGAUCCGCAAAACAACCCUCGGGCCCCGCUACUGGACAGUCUUCACCAAGGUGUAUUCGGUUGAUCCCGAUGCCCAAAACUGGCAUGCUCUCCUGAGGUUGCUGUGCCGGGGUAAAAACAGUACCAAGACUGUUGAAUACCUUCUCCAGACCAUGCCCAAAGAAUACAUGUCCGCAAGGACCUUUCGUACGGCUAUGUUCACAUGCCUAGGAGACAAUCUGAACAAGAGCGCUUUCAACAAUGCCACCUCAGUCCUCGAGAUAAUGCUCACCACGAUGCGCGUCCCCGACAUGAGAGCCAUGAGUAUUUACUUGCGCCUUGCUUACGCCAACAAGCGCAUGUUCGUGGAACAGGCCAAGACGGAUGUAGACGGCGCCAAGCUAGCCUGGGGCAAGCAGCUGACAACUGCGCUUGACAAUCUUUGGGAGCCUUACAAGAUCGCUGCCAAGCAGUUCACCUUUGGCGGGUUAGCCAAGGUUCCGCACAAAAGGUUCUUGAACGAGACGGAGCGGGAGCGCUGGCUACACGAUGCAGGACCGCGCGCUGAUUUGGUCGCAUUGGCACGCAAGAUGAUCGCGGCGCACGAUCGUCUAAUCUUCGAGGGCAUAGUACCUACCGACGUAGCAGAGAGGUUGAAGCCGAAUCGCAACCUGUUGAAUCGAUUUGUCGUCAAAUAUUUUGAAGAUAGGGAGCGCCUCGAGCCAGGUUGGAACCGCAAACUGAAAGAGCUUGAAGCCCAGGAGGAAGAGGAUGAUAAGUAUAAAUGGGUCGCGUUCUACGAGCGGGAACAGUAAUGUGCUAGUGAAUGGGCAUCUGAGAUCUUUCAAUUCGAGCGCGAGGGCUUGGACCAGAGAGAGCUGGCGUAUAUACUAUUUGUACAUAACUACCAGAAUAUACCUGUACAAAUAUUGUACGAACAAUCGACAUCUCAAACUACACCACGCAGUAUCGAAGUACGUACGGCCACCAAACUAGUCGAGGUUCAACUACAUACGCAACUGUGCGCAACAUUGUCGGCAUCAAAGAUACCAUGCAACACAAUAAGGCUGA